GGUACUUUUACUCUCGUCGCCAUUUUAGGUUAACAUUCGACGUGGAAAGAGGAAUUCAACAGAAGUCGUCGUGUAUCUUAGUGUCUUAUUUUACUAUUUGAAUUAACGAGUCGUUUGAGAUGCGUCAGUCCAAACGAAUGCGCUCCACUGAUGGCUGGCUAUCAGAGUAUAGCUGGGAGGAGAGAUUGGAGAUUCGGAAGCGGCCCAGGCGAAGGUCCCGCUCCCGCAGUGAUGAUAGAGAGAGAAAAUCAAGAAGACAGCACCACUACAAAACAUACGAAAGGUGUCACGUUCACUCCAGGAGGCUGGAGGUCAAAGAGAGGCGCGUAGUGCGCGAGCCCAGCCUGGAGCCGGAGAGCUAUGGGGUGAGAAGGGAUUCGGACCGGGCCGAGCUCGCCCGAGAACGUGACCGCGAUAGAGACCGAGAGCGAGACCGCGACUGGCACCACUACAGCAAGUCGUCGGCGCGCAGUGGUCGGAGCGGCCGCAGCCACAGGAGCAGCCAUGGACGCCACCACCACUCGCGGCGGAGAAGCCACUCGCAGCACGCCAGCCACUCCAGGCGCCACGGCAGCCGCCACUCCGACUCGAGGAGCCAGCGGAGGAAGAGAACCAGGAGUGUUGAGGAUGAUGAGGAGGGUCACCUGAUCUAUCACAGUGGAGACAUGCUCAGAACAAGAUAUGAAAUUGUGAGCACCUUAGGGGAGGGAGCCUUUGGAAAAGUGGUGGAAUGCAUUGACCAUUCAAAGGAUGGCAUUCGUGUGGCCGUGAAGAUCAUCAAGAACCUUGAUCGCUACCGCGAGGCGGCCAUGUCCGAGGUGGAGGUGUUGGAAGAUAUGAACAAGCUGGACUCCAACUGCAGAGUUCCUUGUGUGCGGAUGCUGGACUGGUUUGAUUACCACGGCCACAUCUGCAUCGUGUUUGAGCUGCUGGGCCUGAGCACAUUCGACUUCCUGAAGGAGAACGGCUUCAUGCCCUUCACCAUCGACCAGAUUCGCUACAUGGCCGACCAGAUCUUCAGAGCCGUGCAGUUUCUCCAUGAAAAUAAGCUCACGCACACGGAUCUCAAACCUGAAAAUAUUCUCUUUGUGGACUCCGAGUAUGAUCUUGAAUACAACGAAAAAAUGAAGCGUGACGAGAGAACUUUGAAAAAGCUGGACGUCAAGGUUGUGGAUUUCGGGAACGCCAUAUACGACCAUGAACACCACACAUCUGUGGUGUCGACGCGCCAUUACAGGGCCCCGGAGGUCAUCCUCGAGCUGGGCUGGAACCAAUCCUGCGACGUGUGGAGUCUUGGCUGCAUAUUGAUUGAAUAUUAUCUUGGACUGACACUCUUCCAGACGCACGACAGCAAAGAGCAUCUUGCCAUGAUGGAGAGAGUGCUGGGGCCAAUACCCACACACAUGCUUCAGAAAACCAGGAAGAAGCGUUUUGUGUACCAUGACCGGCUGGACUGGGACGAACACAGCUCUGGCGGCAGAUACGUCAGGAAACACUGCAAACCGCUGAAGCAAUACAUGUCCUCGAAGAGCACAGCCCACGACCAGUUGUUCGACCUGAUGCAGAAGAUGAUGGAAUACGACGUGUCAAAGCGGAUCACCCUGGAGGAAGCCAUCAGACACCCCUUCUUUGACGCCCUGAAGGAGUAGUAGCAACAGCCCUGCCGACCCCUACAAUUGUACCAUGCAUAUGGACACUAGAUGCCAUUUUUUUAGUCCUCUGGCAUGACCCAACCCCCGUCUUGGGCCGGUAUCCUAUGUUUUCGUCUCGUCACCAAUUGUUGGCAGCAUUAUACCGGUUAAACAUGGUGGAGGUCUGUUUCAGCCAUUUUUUUACAAUUCCAAGGAGUUGGUCAACGUGGCAUAUAGUGUUCAUAUCUAUGCACUUGUACCCCUCUUUCCCCCCACGCGAAACUCCUCACUGCCCCAUAACGCGUGCUCCAAAGGAGAAGGACUCAACGGACUGUAUCAGUCCCAACAUAUUUCAUUCUGUGCAUAUUUAUUUCUUGUUAGUAUGGACAUGUAUGUAAAUUUAUCAGGUGCUCUUUGUCUUAAAUAAAGUUUGAAUUUUGUCUUCCAGUA